AUGGUCAGUGAUUACGAUAACGUCUACAAAAUUAACAAGGCCGCUGUCCUGUGUCCGCCGCUCGGACCUCGCAGCGGUCGGCUGGGCCUCCCAGCAGUCCCGUUCGGCUACCCGGGCUAUGUGCCGGCGGCGGGACCGAGCAGCGUGGCGGGUCUGGGUCGCCUGGUGGCCCUGAUCUUGUUGGCCACUCUCGGUACCCUCGGGAACCUGUACACGGUGGCGGCCUGCGUGGUCGGCGACCGACUCAGGAAGAAAGGUAACGCGUUCCUGGUCAGCGUGUCGGUGACGAUGCUGCUCGUCACCCUGGGUGUCCUCCCGUCUCUGGCGAUUCACGUGCUGGCCGACGCCGAUGUAUCACCCCAGGCGCGGCGGCUCCACGAGCACCUGGUGGAGCUGUGCGGCUGCGUCAGUCUGUUCGCCCUCUGCACGGUGGCCGUGGAGAGCUACGUGCGCGUCUGCCACCGGCGGCUGCACGGCCGGCUGGUGGGCCGCCGCUGCGUGGCCGCCGGCCUGCUGCUGGUCUGGGCGCUCGGCGGAGCCACGUUCGGUGUCGUGCUGCUGGCCAGGGAGGAGCGGUACGCAGAGGAGGCCGGCCCUCUGGUGGUGGGGACCGGCGGGACGGUCACCCUGCUCACGGGCGCCCUCUACCUGCUCACGUGGCGGCGCGCCCGCCACCUGAGCCGCUGCACGUGCCACGGCCGGCACACGCGGCCCAUGCCGUGGCACGUGCAGCUGGUGAGGGCUAACGCCGCCGUCUGGCUGACCUUUUGCGUAUGCUGGCUACCGGCGGCGGCACUGCGGCUCCUGCCGCCGGCGGAGGCGGCUCAUCACCAGUGGCUACUGCGGCUGCCGCUGGCGCACGCCACCGCCUUCAACCUGCUCUACAGCGUGUUCAGCGAGGACUUCCGCGAGUCGUACGGCAACCUGGCGCGCUACUGCUGCUGCAGGGUGUCGGUGGACUACGGCCGGCGGCCGGCCUCCGACCUGCCGCGACCUCUACUGCAGCGGCCCGGGCCCCCGCGCAGCCAGCCGCCGGCUCUGACAGGAGUCACCGGACCAGACGCACGGGUCGUACUGGCCGCCAGUCUAGACAGUGGAGCGGACUGGGAGCGGGCCGUGAUGGUCUGA